GACGGGGGCUCUGAGUAGAGUGGGAGUCUGCAGGGUCCUGCCCCCCGAGCUGGGGCUGGGACUCGCCCCUCUGGGUCGCUCCCACUUCCUCAUCCAUGGAGAACGUCUACGGGACAAACAGGUGAUCCUGGAGUGUGCUCUGAGGAAGAACCUUGUGUACACCAAGGCCACGCCCACCUUCCACCAUUGGAUGGUGGAGGACAGGAGGUGUGGCCUGACGUUCCAGAGGCCUGCUGAUGCUCGGGCCUUCGACAGGGCGUACGGAAAGCCAUGGAGGACAUGGCAGAAGGUGGAGGAAACUCUGGAAUG